GGAUGCAUUUCCGUACGUGCUUCCGUGAAGUUGAUCGGGAUUGUUUAUACGUGCUGCUUCCCGCGUCUGGACCGGUUAGUUAACGGCAGCAGCUGGUUAACGGGAGCGGCUGGACGUUAACGGAGGGUCGAGGAUGAUAAAGACGGAGAAGACGCUGCACCUGAAGAGCUGCCGGGGCCGCACGGUGCGGGUGGUCCGGGAACACUACCUGAGGGAGCGGGUUCCCUGCUGCAGCUCUCUGUGCCAGGCGGACUGUGACCACGAUGGUAAAGUCCUGCCUGGAGAUCUGACCCACUACAUGGUGCCGGAUGCCGCGGUGGUGGUGGACUUCCUGGAGAUCCUGGAGUUCAGGGAGCUGCAGGGCGUCGUGUUCACCCAGACGGCCUGUCAGGCUCUGCAGAGCAAAGGACGAAGGUAUUACAACAGACUACGAAGCCUGGUUAAAGACCCCCGACAUGACUGUGUGCUGUUUGCUAACGAGUUCCAGCAGUAUUCGUACUGUCCACGGGAGAAGGGCGAGAGCCAGGACAAGUGGAUGACCAGGUGUGUGUACUCGGCUGCUGUGUGGUACUACAACCACCUGGCAGGUAUGAUGAAUAUCGUGAUGAUCACCGAGGACCAGGAGGCCGUGGCUCAGUACAGCAGCCUGAACUCUGGAGUGUUCGUCAUCUCCGUCCAGGUACGGGACUCACCUGUCCUCGUUCAGCCGUCUGCACAUUUAAUGUCUUCGCACUCUGAAAAUCUGUUUUUAGUUAUUCAGCCUCAGUCUGAAGCAACAACCUGCUGCAAGGUUAAAAUGUUCAGCUUUACGUCAAGCGAGUUUACUUUUAUUGUUAAGGCUCUACUUCUGAAAAUGUCCUGCUGGGAUCAGUGUGUGUCUUCACAGAAAGCAGAGUUGCUCCACCCUUUCAGAUCUGGAGUUAUUGACUUUACUUAGUAGUUAUUGUUGUUA